CUUCAGUGUGCUGACAACUACCGUGGAUCUAUCUGCACCAAAGUUUUCUUCAUCUUUAAAAAGGAUAAGAAGAGAAGAGAGAGAAUGGAGCCAACCGACGGUCCCUAUGAUUACUACGACUAUGAGGAGACAGAAAACUCCACCAUGUGUGACUAUUCUGAGUGGUGGCCGUCAUACUCCGUCAUCCCGGUGCUGUACAUGCUUAUUUUCAUCCUGGGCCUCUCUGGAAAUGGGGUGGUCAUCUUCACCGUGUGGAGAGCCCAAGGUAAGCGGCGAGCUGCUGAUGUCUACAUUGGCAACCUGGCCCUGGCUGACCUCACCUUCGUGGUCACUCUGCCUCUGUGGGCCGUUUACACUGCCAUGGGCUACCACUGGCCCUUCGGCGUGGCCCUGUGUAAGAUCAGCAGCUACGUGGUCCUGCUCAACAUGUAUGCCAGCGUCUUCUGCCUCACCUGCAUGAGCUUCGACCGCUACCUGGCCAUUGUCCACUCCUUGUCCAGCACCCAGCUGCGCACCCGUGGCCACAUGCAAGCCUCCCUGACGGCCAUCUGGGUGCUGUCUUGUGUCCUGGCUGCCCCGACUCUGAUCUUCCGCAAUACCAAAUAUGAUCCAACCACCAACCGCACAUCCUGCGCCAUGGACUUCAGCUUGGUGGUGACAAACAAAGACCAAGAGAACCUGUGGGUCGCUGGUCUCAGCAUAUCCUCCUCAGCUCUGGGCUUUCUCCUACCUUUCCUGGCAAUGAUGGUGUGCUACGGCUUCAUCGGCUGCACCGUCACACGCCACUUCAACACUUUGCGCAAAGAGGACCAGCGUAAGAGGAGGCUGCUGAAGAUCAUCACCACGCUGGUAGUGGUGUUCGCCGCCUGCUGGAUGCCCUUCCACAUCGUGAAGAGUGCUGACGCCCUCUCGUACCUGGACCUGUUUCCAGACACCUGUUCCUUCCUGCGCUUCCUGCUGCUGGCUCACCCGUACGCCACCUGCCUGGCCUACGUCAACAGCUGCCUCAACCCCUUUCUGUACGCCUUCUUUGACCUACGCUUCAGGUCCCAGUGCUUGUGCCUACUCAACCUGAAGAAGUCCUUGCACGCAAGCCCCGCCAGCUCCCUGUCCUCUCAGAAGACAGAGGCUCAGUCUCUGGCCACAAAGGUGUGACGACAGCUGACGGCCCAGAUGCACACUGGGGGAACAGGUGAACAAUGCAGGACAAUGCAGGUAAAUCCGAACUUUACAGGCCUGGGUACUUGCUCGCAGGUCGUCUGAGAUCAGUUUCAGGGCGUCACCUUUGCUCCACUCUGGCUCUGUGGACUGCUGUAAACGUUUACCUGAAGACAACAGUUAGGCUUGUGGUUUUGGGGCUUGGCCACACUCAGAACUCCAGCCUCACUUUCAAUACCAGGGCAAAGACUGAACUACUUAAUACAAGGGACCGAGCAUGAGACAGACUUAGUUUUUGGGGCAAAAUGUGGAAUGUAUUUUAAAAAGGACCACGUGCUCAUGUGUGAUCUCCUGUGGACUUUAUGCAAAUGAGCUUUGAACUCUGAAACCGUGUCCUCAAGUCCCGGCGAAGUGUAUUACUCAUGCAUUUGCUACUGCUGUUCUUGUUUUCAUUUAUAAGCACUUGAGGUGUGACUUCUACCAGACUAACCCACUCUCCAGCUCAGUCUGUAGUAUGUGCAUCACAGCCAGCAGUAUUACGUGUGUGUGUGUGUGUGUGUGUGUGUGGGUGUGUGUGUGUGUGUGUAGGAAGGGUGUGCCAAUCAGUAAGAGGUGUUGGAGUCUGAUAAGAGUGUUGUAAGGAGAGACAGAGAUAGUGGGGGAGGCAGGGGGUGUCCCAGACAGACAGACAGAUGGCAGCUGACAAAUGUUUCCAGGCUGGUGGAGGGCCCUAUUAAAAGGUGAAUGCUUUGAUAGUCUGCUGGUGUGUGUGUGUGUGUGUGUGUGUGUGUGUGUGUUUGGUGGGUGUCAGAAUAACAAUGAAUUUGUUCCUGACAAACACAUGAAAGCAUUUUGUGAAUACAGAUUAUUUUGAAUUCAUGUUUGUGAUUUGCAAUAAAAAAAUAUGCUUUGAAAAAAAACACAAA